AUGUCGACAUACAUCGAUACCAUACUCGAGAAUCCGCAAUAUGCGGUUCUUUCUGCGAUUUCCCUCAUCACGAUCUUAGUUGUCAACUUCUCUUUCUUCACUCAAGACGAAAAAUACCCAUUUCUUAUCUCCAAGAAGCCUUUGGAACUGACCAACAGACGAGUUGUCAAGGAGUUCCUCGCCAACAGCAAGAGUCUCCUUGCAAACGCUCGAGCAGUCUACAAGGAUCAACCAUACAGGGCUUAUACCGAAAUAGGCAAGGUUCUAGUUAUUCCUCCUUCGUGGGUCGAUGCAUUGAAGAGUAACCGACAGCUCGACUUUCUGACCCCGGCUAAAGAUGACUCUCAUCAAUACAUUCCCGGGUUUGACCCUUUCGGCUUUGAUCCUAAAAUGCCAACUGUGAUCAACAAGUAUAUCACAAAGGCUUUGACCAGAGUAACUGGUCCCGUCUCCGAAGAAUCAUCUUUAGCAAUCCGCGACUGUCUCACUGACUCAAAGGAAUGGCACGGGGUUAAACCCCAAGAAGACCUAAUCCGUAUCGUAUCCCGCGUAUCGUCCCGAAUCUUCAUGGGCGAAGAGCUCUGCCGCGACGAAGAGUGGAACAGAGUCUCAAGUGAGUACACUCUGAUGGCGUUCGGCUACAGCCACACUCUGCGUACAUAUCCCCGAUGGCUUCGACCAUACAUCCACUGGUUUCUUCCUCAAUGUUGGGCUAUCCGAGCAAAGCUGAACGAGGCGCGAGCCUGCCUUAAGCCCCAUAUCGAACGCCGAAAUGCCAUCAAGCAGAAGGCGCUAGUUGAGGGGAAACCAUGUCCCUUUGAUGACUCACUUGACUGGUUUGAGAGAGAGUACGAGAAGCAUGACCCCGCCAAGGAACAGAUUGCUGUCUCAAUCGUGGCGUAUCAUACCACGUCUGACUUACUUGCCGAGACUCUUCUCAAUCUCUGUCAGUAUCCCAAAGUAUUGCAGGAGCUGCGUGAGGAGAUCGUUGAUGUCCUGAAAGCCGAGGGCGGAAUGACUAAAGCAGCUCUGUAUAACCUAAAGUUGAUGGACAGCGUGGUCAAAGAGUCUCAAAGGAUGCGUCCAAUCUUGUUAGGUGCUUUCAGGAGGGUCGCGACAGCAGAUGUUACACUUCCCAACGGUGACAUCCUCAAGAAGGGCGACAAGAUAAUCGGAAAUAUGUCUCACAUGUGGGAUUCCGACACUUAUGACAACGCACUUCAGUUCGAUCCAUAUCGCUUUGUGAAGAUGCGUCAGACCGGCGACGACAAGAAAGCGCAUCUCGUCAGCACCAGCGCUGAUCAUCUUGGCUUCGGGCAUGGUUAUCAUGCAUGUCCCGGACGCUUCUUCGCUGCGAAUGAGAUCAAGAUCCUCUUGUGCCAUCUGCUGCUAAAGUACGACUGGAAGUUGCCUGAGGGUUGUAAGCCACAACCAUCUUUCUCGGGCUUCAAACUGCUGGGUGAUUAUUCUUCAAAUCUACUGGUUCGACGUCGCACUGAAGAGUUGGAUUUCGAUUCCCUUUCCAGCUCAUAG